AUGGGCACGCGCCGCGGUCUGCGAGAUGCCCGAUUUUCCGUAGGACUCUUGACUGCGCUGGUCUUGAGUGUGUAUUCCCUAUCCAUCCUUGGCUUCUGCAUUGGCGCGUCAAAUGGACUCGGCAGAAUAGCAGGAGCUCUUGGCUGGCAGCCGCCCCAAAGGUCGCGUGGCCAGGGAUUGCAUCGUUCUAUCCGCGCAGCCGCCCCGCUGCGGGCAAAGAAGAAGCAGGUAGAUCCUGAGCGCGAAGCGAAGCGCCGGGCUGCUGCAGAGAAGCGAGAGCUGGCCAAAAGGAAGGCCGAAAACGAGAAGAGGAAGCUGGCAGGCCUUGAUCCUCUCCCAGAUGUGCCUUUGAAAGAGCCUCCGGUGGUUAAGUCUCGGGCGAAUGCUGCAGCGCCGGCGGUGCCAAGGGCGCCUGCGAAGCGGCGAAAAAAAGGUGUGGACCCUGAGCGCGAGGCGAAGCGAAUGAAAGCUGCACAGGCUCGGGAAGAAGCUAAGAGAAGAGCUGAAGCCGAACGUCGAAAGCUGAAGGAGCUGCAGGCCAACAGCCGUAAGACAGCUAAAGCAGAGCUUGCCAGUGGAAAGACAACUGAAGCUGGCCUUGCCAAUGGAAAGACGGCUGAAGCAGGGUUUUCCAACGGAAAAGUUCACGAGGACAUUGAUUUGACAAAGUUAACCGUGGUGGAGAUCAAAGAGCAGCUGAGGAAGAGAGGACUUAAGGUCUCCGGCAAGAAGCAGGAACUGAUUCAGCGCCUCCAGGGCAACGAGCGUGCUGCAGGACAAUAUUCUUCCGGUUCCCAGGAAUAUUCCAAGAUGAAGGUGGCUGAGCUCAGAGAAGAGUUGAAGAAACUGGGCGAGAAGACCACUGGUCGGAAAGCGGAGUUGGUUGAGCGGCUCCAGGCGGCCCAGCCUUCGAACGGCACGCCCUCUGUGGGCCAAAAGCUCCGAGGGAAGGUUACAGGGCUGAGCAAAUGGGGUGCCUUUGUCGACAUAGGCUUAAGCAGACCUGCGCUGGUGCGAACCUCGCGACUAGCGGAGCGUCAUGUGCGAGAUGCCUCUGAAGUAGUUCAACCGGGCCAGGAGGUUGAUGUUUGGGUGUACAGAGUUGCGGCAGAUGGACGUUUGGGACUCUCCAUGAUCGAAUAUCCCAACUCUAAGUUGCAGGAUCCCGUUUCUGCCUUCGAAGGUGUCUCGAGUCGGAAGUGGUUCAAGGGAGUUGUGCGAUACCAUGCAGACCGCGACUUAUUUGUUGAUGUACUGGCACCAGAAGGAGCUGAGGUUCAAGGAAAGCUGGCGAAAGCUGCUGUGCCUUCCCCUGAGAAGGUGUCUGUUGGUCAAGAACUUGAAGUCAGAGUUCUGGAAGUGAUAGCCAACACAGGGACUUUGCGGCUUUCGGCCAAGCCACCGCUACAAAGCCAAUGA